UCUUGGAAUAGUGAAGCAUUAUUUUGCCUAAUCAUGAUGUUUCGCGAUCAAGUAGGAAUGCUUUCUGGAUGGUUUAAGAACUGGAAUGAGUGCGAACAGACUGUUGCUCUGCUUUCCCUGUUAAAGAGAGUGAGCCGGACCCAAGCACGAUUUCUCCAGCUUUGCUUGGAGCAUUCUUUGGCUGACUGUACUGAACUGCACAUUCUUGAAAGAGAGGCCAAUAAUCCUGCAAUAAUUAAUCAGUGGCAACAUGAACCCAAGGACAAAAUGAUAUCCUUGUUGAUCAGUCACCUUCCAUUACUGAAGCCGGGAAACAACAAAGCAAAAAUGGAAUAUAUGAGAUUGUUACCAAAAAUCUUGGCACUUUCAAUUGAACACUGUCAGCACAUAGAGGAAAGCAGACAGCUUUUGUCCUAUGCAUUGAUACACCCUGCCACCUCAUUAGAGGACAGAAGUGACUUAGCUACAUGGCUUAACCACUUAGAAGAUCGAACAUCAGGUGUUUAUGCCAGCCAAAGCAGAAGUCAAUCUGAUUUGAUGGACUUUGGGCAGCUGCAUUGCUACCACCAAAGACAAAACUCAGAUGAUAACUUCAAUGGAUGGAAGAACACCCGGGAUUCCGGAAUAUACACCAGUGCAUCAAACUGGCUGGACAAAAGUAUAACUUGUGAAAACGGGCAUGUGCCCUUGUAUUCUUCUUCUGUACCUACUGUUAAUGCAGUUGACACUAGCUCACACACCAUUUUUGCAGGACAAGUGCAUCAUAGCCCUCUGAAGCGAUCUGUGUCCCUUACUCCACCAGUUAAUGUGCCAAAUCUGCCUUUGGGACACGGGUGGAUGUCUCAUGAGGAUCUGCGAUCUAGAGGUACACAAUGCAUCACAUCAGAUCAUGCACCCUUGUCUCCACAAAGCAGUAUAGCUUCAUCAGGAAGUGGUGGAAGUGAGUUUCUGGAUGAUCAACCUAUGUGUCGCAACACGUUCCAAGAAGAAGGAAGUGGCAUGAAGGAUGUUCCUGCUUGGUUAAAGAGUUUACGCUUACACAAGUAUGCAGCACUCUUCUCCCAUAUGGCAUAUGAAGAAAUGAUGUCUCUUAGUGAAGGACAGCUAGAAGCACAGAAUGUCACGAAAGGAGCAAGACAUAAAAUAGUAAUCAGUAUUCAGAAACUAAAAGAAAGACAGAAUAUACUUAAGUCAUUAGAGAAGGAUAUCCUAGAAGGUGGGAAUCUCCGUGUUCCACUACAGGAGUUGCAUCAGAUGAUCCUUACACCCCUGAAAGCUUACAGAUUUCAGAAAAGCUCAAGCAUUGAGGAACAUUUCCAGGACACAGACUUCCAGUCUUCUUUACUGAGUUCAGACAGACAAAUCUGUGGAAAGAAAGACUGUGCACUUGGAGGACUGCAACAGCAGCAUUCAAACGGUUGUGAGGGAGAGUCUGGAGGAGUUCAUGUACCUGAUGGUGAUCUUCCAGGACAGUUCACAAGAGUCAUGGGAAAAGUGUGUACACAACUUCUAGUUUCCAAACCAGAUGAAGAUAAUAUAAGCUCUUACUUACAGCUCAUAGAUAAAUGCUUAAAUCAUGAAGCAUUUACAGAGACGCAGAAGAAACGAUUGUUGUCAUGGAAACAGCAGGUGCAGAAACUCUUCCGGUCUUUCCCCCGGAAAUCCCUUCUUGAUGCUGCAAGCUAUCGGCAGCAAAGAAACUGGAGUUUUGGACAGUCCAAUUCUUUACCGUCUCCCGGACCUGUCAGUAGAGGAAUAGGAAGACGAAACCCACGACAAUUUCCAAUGCCUUCUAGACAUCUACCUACAACGCGACUUGGCCUAGUAGGCUCUAGUGGACUUUUGGGUGCUACACAAAGGAACACAUCAAACAACUCUAUUCUUCUAAAGGAAGGAAGACAGAACCUUUGGUUUGCCAACCCUGGGGGAAGUAAUAGCAUGCCUAGCAGAACACAUAGUUCUACUCAAAGGACACGAUCGCUGCCUCUUCAAACAUCACCACAGGCCAUGUUGUUGUUUCAGCAGACAGAGUUCCAAGUACCAUCUAUAGAACCUGAUAUCAACAACAGAUUAGAGUCAUUGUGCCUCAGUAUGACUGAGCAUGCUCUUGGAGCUUCCUUACCAUGUUGGAAUGGACAAGUUUCAAAAAGUACUUGGAGUAUGGACACAAAUUGCCUCCACAAGACCCACACACCAAGUGUGUCUACUGUCUUGGUGCUGCUCAUCUAG